GCGACAUUUGUCACUUGCCAGCGACACGGGAGGAUGCAUCGAUUUGGCAUCGCUUUCGACAUUGACGGUGUAUUGAUCCGAGGUGGGAAGGCGCUGCCUCAAGCGGCCAAAAUCAUUCGCGAACUCCAGCAACGCCAAGUUCCUCACAUCUUCUUAACGAACGGCGGCGGGUGCCGUGAAGAAAAAAAGACCAACACGUUGAGCCAAAUCCUUGGCGUUCCGCUGCGUCACGAGCAAAUGAUCUUGUCCCAUACUCCGAUGCGAGAUCUUGCCAAGAAGUUCGGAGACUCCAAGGUGCUUGUGCUCGGAGCAUACGAAGUGAUGGAUGUGGCCCAGCAUUACGGGUUCAAGAAGGUCGUAUCCGUGCAAGACCUUGCUCGACACUCGCCAGCGCAGUAUCCGUUUCUCAAGUGGGACCCAACCCCGAGUCCGUUCCCAGACGACCCGAUCGAAGCGAUUGUCGUAUUGCAUGACCCAAUCCAUUGGGCACAAGAUCUCCAGAUUGCUGUGGAUGUACUCGUCGGCGGCGAUCCCCUCGGAUCCGGACGUCCCGACGGCGGCAAGCAGACGCCGCUCUUUGUCAGCAACGACGACUUUACGUUCAGUGGCGCGUACCCUGUUCCACGAUUCGCCCAAGGCGCUUUCACGAGAUGCUUGCAACUCUUGUAUGAGCAGCACACUGGCAAGCCGCUUGAGGUCCAACGCUUCGGCAAGCCGCAUGCUGUUACGUACCGGUCCGUGCUCUUGUCCAACAGGUCGGGCGUUCACGCAGGUUCCAACAGGUUUGCAGAAGACGUCAUGCAAGCACAAGCCGCGGGUCCAGUCGAGCGGUACUACGGCAUUGGAGACAAUCCAUACAGCGACAUCCAAGGUGCAAACAACGCUGGCGACCACUGGACCAGUGUUCUCGUACGCACGGGCAUCUUCACCGACACCAACCACGCGGAACACCCUGCCGACGUCGUGCUGGAUGCCGUGGACGACGCCGUCCAGUGGAUCCUGGCCAACGAGACGACCUCGGCGCGCUGACACGGUGCGCCACCACGUCCAAGCGAACGUGUGGCCAAGCCUCAAGCCAUCGAGCACUUUGGGACCUUGCGACCGCUUGGUAGGAUAGUCGAACCCAGCAUUAAAUAAACUUCUCCCUGCCGCCACUUCUACGUUUUUGGCGCCGCUGCUGCCACGAUGUGGUUGACGCUAGCGGUCGCAAGAUUUCGCAGCCACACGCUGAACUCUUGCAAGACGGCCUUCUCCUGCAGCUCACU